CUGAUGCUGCAGAGAGCUGAGUGGAAGGCCGUGAGCAUGGCUGUUAUAAACAUGCCACCAGGCAUCAGAAUAAAAUGUGGACUUUUAAACACUAGGAAUUUAUUUUGUCGUAAAAUAUUUCCGCAUGUUGUGUGUUCUCAGACACGGGCAGAGGUUAUGGGUUCGAGGACAGCAACACAUUCAGCCUCGCAACACGACGAGCAGUACUGUGUUGAUCUUGUGAGAUUGCGAGACUAUGAAGGCUUUAUAAGUUCUUUGCUUCUUCCUGAGGCUGCUCGUCGCUCCUCUUUGGCACUGAGGGCUUUUAAUGUGGAGCUGGCACAGGUGAAGGACUCUGUGUCUCAGAAGACGAUUGGUCUCAUGCGAAUGCAGUUUUGGAAGACGGCAGUGGAGGACGUUUACAGAGACGAGCCUCCGCUGCAGCCUGUUAGUGCAGAGCUGUGGAGGGCUGUGAGGAAACACACACUGACGAGGAGAUGGCUGUUGAGAAUCAUCGCUGAAAGAGAAAAGGAUUUGGAGGACCGAGCGUACAGGAACCUUCAGGACUUGGAAGCGUACGCAGAGAACACCCAGUCGUCCCUCCUCUACCUCCUGCUGGAGACUUUAGGAGUGAAAGACGUCCAUGCAGAUCAUGCUGCCAGCCAUAUUGGCAAAGCACAAGGGAUCGUGACGUGUCUGCGAGCCACACCGUACCACAGCCAGAGACGCAGGGUCUAUCUCCCCAUGGACAUCUGCAUGCUGCACGGUGCCUCUCAAGAAGACUUCAUCCGUGGCAGCAGGGAGCAGAAUGUCAGGGAUGUUGUGUAUGACAUUGCCAGUCAAGCACAUGUUCAUCUCCAACAUGCAAGAUCAUUCAGUAAAAAUGUUCCAGACGCUGCCAUGCCUGCUUUUCUUCAAACAGUUGCUAUUGAUGAUUACCUGGAGAGAGUGAGGAAAGUAGACUUCGAUGUUUUCCAUCCCAGUCUCCAGAGGAAGAAUCCGUUGAUGCCGAUUCAACUUUAUUUUCGAUCUUGGAAGAAAAAAUACUGAUGUUUUGUCAGAAGUAGCUCCUCUAAUUUUAUGCAGUUAUAUUCUUAUUACAACUGCCAGUCCAAACACUGACUCCGUGUGCUGUAGGAAAUCUCUAAUAUAGAUGUAAAAUACCUUUUCCUGAUUUCUUCUCACAGCAUACAAUUCACUGCACAUCCAAAUCAGUGUCAGUAAUGACAACAGGAUGAUUACAUACAGCACUGCGUCUGCCCUGCCUGUCAAACUCAGGUGUUUGAGAUUCAACAGAAAACCUUCCUUGUCUAAAUUACGCAGUACACAGAAAGCUCAUGCACCUCUGUGAAUUUAUGCGUAGUUUAUAUGUAAUGAAAAUAGAUUUUAAAAUUUGA